UAAACGGUAACCUAAGUUUGAUAGAUCUGAAACAUUAAUUUAUCGUUGUUGCUCGUAUUAAAAAAAAAAACUUUUCCUUUGCAAUUUCGUCGAUCAAUGAAUAUUUUCUUUCAUAAUUAAAUGGUAUACGUCAUUGCAGAAUGAAUUAUAAAGCACGAUAUAGUGAUUUUAAUGUUGUAAUAAAAGUUCCCUGUUCAGUGUAACGAUAUCUACUUUAGUAAGUAUUCCAAUUAUGAUGGAGUUGUAUCGCGGAGAGAAUCUCAAAGAGACUGUCUGACACAACAUGGCAGAGAAUAUUUUUAUCCGAUAAUAAUUCAUAAUAAUUCUAAUGCAAUCUUGAUAUAUUAAGGAAAAAGAAAAGAAAAGGAAGAAGAAACAAAGUCAAAGCUUUCUGUUUUAUUUGAAGUGAUAUCGAUUUAAUCAAACAGAAUGGAUAUACGGGGAAUCGAAGUAACAAAUCAACUUAGAAGUGCUAUUCGUGCGAAGUUAUUAGAGUUAGGAGUACGUUACGAUGAGGAAUUACCAGAUUAUAUUUUAGUAAUGGUAGUGAAUAAAAAAUCUCGUCAACAAAUGCACGAAGAUUUGUAUUUAUUCUUAGAAGAAAGUACGACUCCGUUUGUAGAUUGGCUGCACGAUCAGGUUUUAAAGAAGCUUCAAAAAGUAACAGUCGCUAAGAAGAAGUCGUCGAGAGAGUUUGUACCGACUGUUAUAGUUAAACAAGAAGAAGAAAGGAAGAAAAGGAAAACGUCUACAACAUCGUUUUUGGAAGAUCAGACGACUGAACAGAAUGCGGAGAAGCCUCCUGUUAAAAAUAUAAAAGAUGAUAAAUCUUUGCAUAAACAAGUUGGAAAGACAAUCCCGUCAAAUCAGACUAAUUACGUAAAUCACAUUAAGGGUUCGGAAAAAUGCCCUAAGGCAGCGCAUAAUGAAAAUAAAUCUAGCAACGUCUCCACGCCUACAAAUCAUCAGAUACAAGAAAGUAAUACUACGAAGGAUACUACUUCCACGGAAGCUACGAAAUCUGCAGAUAUUAAUAGGAACUCAAAGACAAAUAAUACUUCAACAAGAAGUUUAAAGAGACCUUUAGAAUCGGGAAACGAACAUAACGAAUCUUCAGAGAAAAAGGAUAACGACGGGAAAUUAAACAAAUCGUUAGAAGAAAAUGACAAUUCCCCGGAAGACAACGUUAAAAAACUGAAAUCUUUUGUAGUCUCGGUCAAAAAUCGUCUUGGCGUUGCAUCACCGAGAAAGAAAUUUGAAAUCUACAGAGAAAGAGCGGAUAAUGAAACACGACACAAACAAUUAGAUAAACGAUUUGAUAGAAAACGAUUUAAUAAUAGUCAUAACGCAAAUUCUCAACGUAAUAGAAACUUCGAAAUAGAGGAACGUACAAAGAGAAAUAGGGAGAUAGAGAUAAGACAACAAGAAACAGAUAGAGUAAACGACAUAAAAAGUCGAUUGGGUACUAUUAGGAAUGAUCGAUCAAACAAAAUGCUUGAUUUGAAGGAUAAAGGAAAUUCUAAUUUGAAAUCAAAGAUACCUGAGAAAUCAACAGGUAGUGUAAAAGAUCGCCUUGGAAUUAGCAACGUUCAUAGACUUCAGAAAUCGGCAUUAGAGACGGUAGAAUAUAAGAUUAACAAAUGCUUAGAACAAGACCGUAAUACUUUAACGAGCAACAAGAAUAUAAAAACUAGACUAGGACCGUUAAAAAAUAAUUUCAAACCAGUAAUCUCUAAAAAUUAUUCGAAUCCACUUAUUCAACCUUCUCAUGGUAGCGAAGAUGAUCCUUCGCAAGUACCUAUCGGAGCAGAAUUAAACGAUGAAGUGGAUGAAGUAAACGCUGGUCCUCUUAAAUCUCAUAUAAUAGCUGUAAAGAAAUCUACACCGCCAAAGACUGAAAAAAAAAGAAUUAAAGCCAUAGAGAAAGUUAAUAAAAAGAUAUCAAAUAAUAUGGACGAUGAAGAAAUCGAAGACGCUAAGCUUCCAAGUAAAGUUAUUGUGACUCCAAGACCUUUGAAGCCUUUGCAGCCACUACAGAAACGUGCGACACAAUCAUUGUUGCUAAGAGCAGUUGCAGAAGCCAAUCAAUCGGUCGUCAAACAGAAGAAUCCAGAACCAUGUUUAUUGGAGAAGAAACCAGUUUUGAAGCGUCUUAGGCCAGCUCCGUCGAGGGAAUUAAGCCAAAGUUUGUCUGUACGUUUUAAUGCUAAUAAGAGGCUAGUCAUGGAGAAAAUUCAAGUCGAAUUAAAUACAACGGACUCUGUGGAAUCGGAGCCUAAACCUUAUAUGCCACACGUCACCGAUGAGCAUAUGGGAGUGGUGAUGUCUCUAUUCCAAAGAAGCGAUAACAACCAAAAGUUUUUAGUUACUUUAAAUGGAUAUAAUAAUAAUCUCGCAAAAGAGAAAGCUAUUUCCGACGAUGAAGAACGCUUAGAAAUGGAGGUAAACGAGGACGAUGAAAUGGCACUUUUAACGGUACAGAACGAUACACUUGGACAAAGUGAUUCGGAAUCAAAUGUUUUACGAAUAACCGAGGUGGACGAUGAUGGUGACUCGAUUAUAAAAGACAUAAACGAAGAGAACAAUGAAAAUUGUAACACAGAAAAUGUAGACGCCGUUGAGAGUAUACCAACAAAAAGAAGAAAACUAAGUCCGAUAGUAUAUAACAGAUCUCAUUCACCGAGUCCAGUAGAAGUAAAGUCUACAAUGAUAUAUGGUAGCGUAACAACAACUAAACACAAGAGACCGAACGUAGAGAGCGGUGUAUCUACGGUGAUCGAUAAAUCAAAAGAGAAAUGUCGAUAUUGGCCUAAUUGCACUCUUGGAAACAAGUGUGCAUUUAUGCAUCCUGCUGUCAUGUGCAGUGCAUUCCCAGCGUGCAAGUUUGGAGAUAAAUGCGCAUACAAGCAUCCAAAGUGCAAGUUUGGAUUAUCUUGUACAAAAUUAGGAUGUGUAUUUUCGCAUCCCACUCAACAAUGCAAAUAUCAUCCUUUCUGUAACAAACCUGCUUGUCCGUAUUCGCAUCCUGUAGCGCAUACUGCGCUAACGUCAGAAGCUAAUACACAGAGAGCAAAGUUUACAUGGCGAAGAAGCGACUGAAGAAACACUUGUUAGAUCUUUAUAGAUCUUAUUAUGGAUUUAAUUGUACAUAUUUUUCAGUUCGUUCAAUAUGAUUGAUGAAUGAGUAAACUAUUGUCACUUUGUACAGAGAAUGAGAUAAGAGAGAAAGUAAGAGAGAGAAAGAAAGAUAGAUAGAGAGAGAGAGAGAGAGAGAGAGAGAGAGAGAGAGAGAGAGAGAGAGAGAGAGAGAGAGAGAGAGAGAGAGAGAGAGAGAGAGAGAGAAAGAGAGAAAGAAAGAGAA